AUGGCAGCAACAAGGCCACAGAGAGCAAAAAGAAAUCCUAAACAUGAUGCUUCUUAUUAUUGCAAGUUAGGUGAAGAUAAGGAAGGAUUUGAUGUGAAGUAUAUUAAUUCAUUUAAAGGUCGGGGUGUGUUCAGCUGCCGGCCCUUUGAAAAAGGAGAUUUCCUCAUUGAGUACAGAGGGGAUUUCAUUACUGAAAAGGAACAACAAAACCGAUUAGCAAUUUACCAUGAUGCACUCAAAGUCUUUUUGUUUGAUUUCCAGUUUAAUGGAAAGCAAUUAUGUGUUGAUGCUGCCAAAGAGGAUGGUUCACUAGGGAGGCUGGUAAACGAUGAUGACAAGAACCCUAACAGCAAGAUGAAAGUGAUAAGAGUGGAUGGAAGACCCCAUCUUUGUUUAUUUGCACUGAAAAAUAUUGCUGUAGGAGAAGAAAUCACAUACAAUUAUGGUGAUUCUGACUGGCCAUGGAGGAAAAAGACGUCCAUCGAGAUGCAGAGCCCAGCUGCUGAUGCGGACGCACGCAGUUCCUUUGCAGACAUUAUACCAAAGAUGUCCAUCGAGAUGCAGAGCCCAGCUGCUGAUGCGGACGCACGCAGUUCCUUUGCAGACAUUAUACCAAAGUUUCUGUCGGAGUUGGUAGGAGAAUACAAAAGCGUCCAUGGUCUUCCACGGAGGUUGCCGCAGUCAUGAAACAUUUUAGCAGACACAUAAAAACAGGAAAACUGGCCACUAUGAUAGAAUGCCAGCAAUGCAUGACAGCUGAAGAUCCUGCUCUGUCUCAUCGCUCUAUUCAAAACAUACAAGACUUCAUAAGGAAUCGGGGCGUGACUUUGAAAAGAAAACAAAAUUCUGAAUAAAACUGGAGGGGUGUAGUAGGGUAAAGGGGUGGGGGGCAGACAACUGGAAUGCUUAAGGAUCUAAAAUCAGUAAUCUCUGUUCUGAUAACUACUGCUACACAAUUUAGAUGUUUCAGCUUGUGGAGGUGGCAAGUACGGGUAGCGUAUUGUUGUCACGGAGGAAAAUACAUUUUCGAGCGCUAUCUCGUUAUAACAUGAUAAUUACAUUGUACAAACAUGAUACUUGUAUUGUACAAACGUGAUAUUAUAUUGUACAAACGUUAUAAUUAUAUUGUACAAUGUAUGACAUUUGUACAAUAUAAUUAUCACGUUAUAACGUGAAAGUGCUUGAAAAUGUAUUUUCCUCUGUCACAGCAAUACGCUUCUGUAGGAAGGGGAGUGACUGACCCAUUAUCAGGGUAGAGUGGUUGUUCAACAGUAUAUGUAAGCAUAUGUUCAACAGUAUAUCGUUUGGUGUGGCUGACUUAAUUUUAAUCUCUCGCAAAAGGAAUCAGUUUUAUUUGUUGGAAAAAAAACAAGUUAAAUAUUUACUCUGUGUUUUGUCAGUUGGUUUAACAGUGGACAUUUCAUUUUGCCAUUAUGUUCACACAUGGGAUUCUGUAGCUCUUAAUCACUGUUUAGCCAUGUCCCAUUUAUCCAUGUUUGGCCCUUUUAAUGCACAAAAAUAACAUGUUUGUGUAUGUAUAUGGCCAUGGUCCUGGUAAAUAAAGUUGGCCCUGACAAUUACUGUUUUUGUAAUGGGCGGAGCUAAGCACCU